AUGAUGACAUCACCCGAAAGUGACAUCAUUGCGUCAGUGACGUUGGAGGCUGACCUAACGUCAGGAAGCGGUGCCUCUCUAGAGGAACAGAAGGAAAUCGUCGACAAGCACAAUGCCUUCAGGAGCAGUGUGGCCCCGACAGCCAGCAAUAUGGUGAAGAUGGUCUGGGAUAACAAAGCUGCUGAGAGUGCACAAAAUUGGGCUGACCAGUGUAAAUUGAAAAGCAGUUCCUACGCGGAGCGAACGAUAAACGGAAUUGUUUGUGGUGAGAAUGUAUUCAUGGCCAGUUAUCAAAGCACCUGGUCCAACGUAAUCCAAGUGUGGUAUGAUAGAGGACACUCCGGUUUCAAGUAUGGCGACAAGGCUAUGGACCAAGCAAAGAGCGUUUAUGGUUUUACCCAGAUAGUUUGGUAUAAUUCAUACCAGAUUGGAUGCGCUAGGGCUACUUGCGCAAAUACACCUUACACUAACUUCUACGUCUGCCGGUACUGUCCUGGAGGGAAUAUAGUAGGCCAGAUCUCAACACCCUACAAGCAAGGUCCUUCGUGCGGGGACUGUCCCAACAACUGUGAAAAUAACCUCUGCACCAACCCCUGCAAGUACCGUAACGUUUACUCGAACUGCAAGCAGCUGAUGACGAUGGCAAGCUGUCAAGAUAAAAUGAUGACUGAGAAUUGUCAAGCCGCCUGUAACUGCAAAACAGAAAUUAUAUAA